AUGAAAUUAAUUAAAAAAGAGAUAUCUGAAUUAAAUAAUCUUGUUAAACCUGUUCUUUUAUUUAAAAUAAUACCUCUUUAUUUUAAAUGCUUAUAAAUAAACUGCUACAUCAAGAAAUCCUAAUUUUCAAAUUGUUAUAAAAAAAUAAUUUUUGGAUUUAGUUUCUCAAAAAUGUUAUUUAAGAAAAUUGUUAAAAAGGAGUUUAAUGAUUAAGAUAAUCACAUAAUGAUAAAUUCGGUAUGAUCUCUAUAAUUAUUUCUAGUUAAAACCUCACUAAAUAGCAAAAUACUUCUUGAAGCUGAAGAAAUGA